AUGGCGGACGAGUCGACCAAAAAAAGCCUUGCCGAGCAAUGGCGAGAGCGUGAACUUGCUCAAGCUCAGGAAUGUCUCGAUAUCAUUGAAUUCAAGCAGUCAGGUCAAAUCUAUCAUAAUAGGCAAGGAGCAAGGGUCAAACCCAACCACCGGCUUGUAGAGGUUUUUGGUAUCAAGAACGUUUUCACUGACGAGCAUCCUGGGGGCUUCAGCCGAGAGACCACCAGCAAGAUAAGGGCGGCGUGCAAAAUGAGAGCCAGCGACGACAAGGGUAGUUGGACCAACCUUCGAAAGCGGUCAAUCGAGUGCUUCGACGAGUACAUUAAACAUGUGGGUCAGCAUGGAACUAUCAAUAUCGCAGAAUUGGCACAGUUUGUCACGUUGAAAUUGUCUUUAUCAUACCUUUUCGCGGACGCAGAGAUUGCAUUCAAAACCGCAGAUACUUUUGACGAUAUCACAUUCAUUGGUCAUCAGAUCAACAAACUCUGGAUCGACUCGAAGAAGCCAGACGACAUGCCAGGAAGUCUUCCACCAUAUCUCAACGAUAACUCAAACGAGCCUACCGUACCUGGAAGAAAUCCGCUCAACUUCCUCCUCCCGGCAUACGAGACCAUGUGGCGCGUUGUCCUGCGCUGUUUCAUCGAAGUUCGAUUGCGAGAUGCAGCCAAUGGCGCAGAGUGGCGUCUUGUUCUGGCAAACUACCUCGAACAUCUCAGAGAUCCAGCCUGCAUGCCCCAUGCAUUCCAAGAAAGCUCAGAAACUAGCGUUCGACCAAUCGACAUCGCAAAGGAAGCGCUGCGACUCUACCCACCGAGCCGACAUGUUCACCGCGACUUCGAUGGCGAGCUAUUCCGCGCUGACAUCGAAGCAUGCCAUCGAUCCAGACUUCUCGGUGGUGACGACCCUCUGGUGUUCCGCCCUGAGCGUUGGGAGAGCAUGCGUCAUGAUGAUAGGGACAUGAUGUUUGGUGAAAUGGGCACACAGAUCGAUACGCACGCCCUGAAGCUCAGUGAGAUGAGGCGCGGGUUUAUGCCUUUCGCUUCCCAUUGCACUGCCGACAAGAGAGAUACUAGAGGGUUCGCUAUGAAGAUGAUUGUCAUGCUUGUAGCCGUCUUGUGUGAUGGGCUAGGGAAUAAGUGGACGUUGGCAAACGCAGGCAGUUUGCCUGAGCGUCACAUUCCGUUGGAUUCGGAUAGAGCGGCAUAUGAAGGUCUAUCUUUGAGGAGCGCGUAGGUGUGUGGCCAGGUCCGUCAGCAAGCAUGCGUCAGAAAGGGGAUUUUGAAUUUUGGUACACUGUGAAUGAUAACGGUGACAUUCCGAUUACCUGAUAUUUCAGAGCUAUUAUGGGUCAUUGCUCGACAGUACCCUGUCCUGAGGACUGUGUCUUGUAGACAUUCAUAGAUGACAGACAAGCGAGAUAAUGGUCAUGUAGAUAUACCUUGCGAUAUCUUCAGCUCUGUCUCCAUGGAACUUCAAGAUUUCGAGGAAUAUCUAUCUAUCACUGUCUUAAUGUUAAUUCAAGGCUCAUCGAGAUCACGUACCUUGCCAAUUCAUCUUGAAAUGCUGCAAAACUUUUACCAGCGAAGUAGUAGCUGGAGCAACAUCACCAAGUCGAUAAAGUAUUGCUGCCCCGCAUCUGCCGCGCUUUCUAGAUCAACAGAUGAACCUGCCAUAAGCGAGUAUAGUAAAUGAAUCGCGUGAGAUAUAUUGGGU